UAACGACUUUUUGUCAUAAAUACGCUUCAACAUUUUGUGGCUACACUUACAUUACCAGCACGACUCUUGACGUACACAUCAAUCAUAACAAAAGAAUAGUUAUGACAGAUAUUUUCUCCCACUUUUUUAAUUUUUAAUAUUGCAUCACCGUCGUCCGUCGUCGUCCUUCCAGUUGCUAAGAGUGGGAAAUGGACCUGGCACAGUCCAGUCCCGUAUAGCAAUCCAGCUAUGAAAGAUGGACCAACCCUCCCAAAUUAGCUCCAACCUUCGCCCCCCUGUCCGCGGUCAAUGGACCCAAAUCAACCCCCAAUCCUACCUGUCGCCCUCAUCGCCGUAACCGUCCGUCCACUAAUACCACCCAUGACGCCUCCCCUCCUCCUCGUGGCCCCAACAUCACCGCCACCGCCUGGGCAACCGGAGGAAAAUGUCCUCGACGACCGGUGGGGGAGGGUGCGACCCGACCCCUCCGCCAUUCCCCUUCUCCUUCCACCUGCUGGAGGUGACGGUGGUGUCGGCUCAGGACCUCUUCGCCAAUUCCCGGUCGAUGCGCACCUACGCAGUGGCUUGGAUAGACCCCGCCCACAAGCUCCGCACCCGCCUCGACGCCGCCGGCCACACCGAACCCACCUGGAACGACAAGUUCGUCUUCCGCCUCGACGAUGCCAUCCUCCGCUCCGACACCGCAGCCGUUACUGUCAACAUCUUCGCCGCCCGACCCCGCUUCCUCCCGGGCUCCGACAACCUCAUCGGCACCGCCCGCGCCCUCCUCUCCACCCUCCGCCCCUCCACCACCACCCGAUUCGUCGCCGUCCAGGUCCGCCGCCCCCAGUCCCUCCGCCCCCAGGGCAUCCUCAACCUCGGCGUCUCCCUCCUCGACGCAUACGUCCGCUCCUUUCCCAUCUUCGCCGAGCUCGCCUCCGACGGCGCCCCCUCCGCCAUCGUCUGCAACAACGCGCCCAAGAACAAGAAAGCACGACCCUCCGUCGACCGGGACGGGGCCGCGGUCCAGUCCAAGCUCGACCAGUGGCGGUCCGAGCUGCCGCCGGUUUCCGACGAGGAAAGGAUGGCUCUCGAGGCCAAGCUCGCCAAGUGGCGAGCCGAGCUGCCGCCGUUUCCCCAAAAGGAGCGGGCGGAGCUCGAUGCCAAGCUGGCCCAGUGGAGUUCGGAGAUGCCGCCGGUCCCAGCGGCCGAUGCCAAGUCGGAGAAGGGGCGGCGCGAGCUGCCGCCGGUUCCCAUCGGUCGAGAACACGUGGCGAUCGAGUCGAAGCUCGCUAGAUCGCCGGCUCUCGAUGAGGAGCGGGUGGCGCUCGAGGCUAAGCUAGCGCAAUGGCGGUCGGAGCUGCCGCCUGUCCCCCGCCGGGAGCGGGCAGCCGAGGCCGAGUCGAAGGGGCGGUCGGAGCUGCCACCGCCGCCUACGGAUCGGGAGGGGGCAGCGGUGGAGUUGAAGCUAGCGAAGUGGCGCGAGGAGCUGCCGGCGGUGGCUGGUGGAGAGGAAAAGGAGAAGGGCGGGGACGGCAGUGGAGGGGAGUGUCGGAUGCAGAGGAGGCGAAGCAUCGGGAGGCUGGCG